GAUAUUACGCGUAUGCAGAUAAGGCUACAAGGUGGGCACCAUUUUGAACUGAAAACAGAAAGAACGGGGGGGAGAUGAUGGUGGCGAGCGUGACUGCAGCGGCCGGCGCUAGCACCGUCGUAGCUACAACAACAACAACAAGGGCGGCGGUGGUGUUAAUGACGAGACAGUGGGCACAGUAGCAUCAGGCCAUUGUCACGGCGGAGAGGGGAGCGCGGGCGAGGCGGAGAGAGAGAGACAGAAGUGGAGGUGAAGGAGGUAGCCAGAGAAGAUAAAGCCAUGGCCGCCGAGCCCAAGUACGAGCUGCUGAGGGAGCUGGGGCGAGGCAGCUUCGGCGUGGUGUACGAGGCGGUGGUGCGGGGCACGGGCGCGCGAAGGGCCGUCAAGAGGAUCCGCUGCUGCAGCCCCGAGAGCGUGGAGCUCGGCCUGCAGGAGCUGUGGGCGCUCAAGAGCGUGCGGCCGCCGCGGGGCCACCACAACGUGGUGCGCUUCGACGAGUGCGUGCUGCAGCACAACGGCCGCGCUGCGCGCAUGGCCCGGGACGACUACGAGCGCGGGGAGGCGUACCUGAGGCUCGUGGAGACGUCCCUCAAGGGUGAGCGCUGCUUCGGUCCGGGCAACUCCUACUACCUGUGGCUGGUAAUGGAGUACUGUGACGGUGGUGAUAUGAAUGGCUAUCUGCUGUCGCGCCAGCCGGACCACUGGCUCAACACAAGCUUUGCGAUGCAGCUCAGCCGUGCUGUCGCCUUCCUGCACCGCAACAGCAUCGUGCACCGCGACCUCAAGCCCGACAACAUCCUGGUGGCUGAGAACUCUGGCCGGCCUGUGCUUAAGGUGGCUGACUUUGGUCUAAGCAAGAUAUUCGCUGGCCAAGGACAGGGCCUGAGCAGUGGCGAGUCUGUGAAUCGCGCGUGGCUGUCUCCUGCAUGCGGCUCUUCCUUCUACAUGGCACCCGAGGUGUGGGAGGGGCACUUCACUGCCAAGGCCGAUAUCUUUGCGCUGGGCAUCAUUGUGUGGGCCAUGCUGGAACGCAUCACCUUCACCGAUGCCGAGUCCAAGCGCAAGCUGUUAGGCUCCUACGUGCGCCAGGGCCGGCGCAUCGUGCCGGUGGGCGAGGCGCUGCUCGAGAACCCGCGCACGGAGCUGCACAUCCCACGGCGCCGCCACAGCCCCAUGAGCACGGCGAUGGCGGUGCUGGUGCGCGAGAUGCUGUCGCCGCACCCACAGGAGCGGCCCGACUCGGUUACGCUGGAGGCUCGCGUGCGCGAGGCUGUGGCCUGUGCUGUGUGACGUCCGCACCGCUCUGCCUGCCAUCUCCGCCGCUGACACCCCUUGACAACCCAUUCUGCUGCCUCCCCAGCCUCUGCACCUGCCCUUAGUGUACCUACUACCUCCUGGCUUCAUCCUCCUCAAGCCCAGCCAAGAAAGCAUCCUUUGACAAUGUUUCCCGGUUCUCAAGCAAGCCAUUUAACACCACUGCAAGGCAUAUACGUGGGGGGGGGGAGGGCGAGAAGCGUGGAAUUUGGGAGGUGGGGGCGGCGAUAGGGGGUGAUGCGGUUGGUGAGGGGGCAGCUGGAAGGGCUCCGAAGGGCUUUACAUCAUCCAUCGUGAAUCCACAGUACAAGGGGUGGUGGCUGCUACAGGGCGGGGUGACACCUUUCGGUCAAAACAAACGCAAGGCACAACUGUUUGAGUGCCACUUGAACACUGUGAAAAAUAGUAACUUAAGUAAUAAAGGAAUAUAAACUGACCAGUGAUUGGUGCGUGGUGGGAUUGGCCUUCUGAAAAUGACCAAAGCUGGCUGCUUCCGCUUGUUUAAGAGGAGAACUGAUGGGUGAAUGUAGCCAUGAUUGGCGCUGUUUUAGCAUACUGCUGCAGUUUCCUCUGAAUGUUAAACUACCUGGCAUUGGUUUGAAAAACUGUAUAUGAAUAGGGUGAUGCCCACCACAUCACUGGACUUGAAAUGGACCAUCGUUGAGUUUAUGGUGUAACGUUAUUUUUUAUGUUGUCAUCAUUUUAUCCGAGUACAUCGUGGCUGUGACAAAUGUUUGCGCUGCACUCAAAUGUUCUGGCUGUGUGGGUUGAUGAAGUGAGUGAGCGAAUGUUGGUGAAUUAAAGGGACAUGCAAAUAAAACGAGUAACACCUUCCCUAAAUCAUUCCAGGUGAAAAGUAAUGCCUAGUUUUAAUUUCCCUUUGAAUUGAAUGUCCAAAUAGCAUGACGAGUGACCUAAUGAUAUUCACUGGGUUAACUUUCCACUAACAUUUGAAAGGGAUCUAUGCAAUUACAUUUUCAGUUAGAUUUUUGAAUAAACUUCUUUAAAAGAAAAACACAAUUUUAUUCAUGUUAGAGCAGCAUGUCGCCCACAGGGAUUAUUUUUGUCGUCGGGUGCAUUUUUUUUUCAUUAGCGAUUUCAGAAAAUGUAGAUAUAUUUCCUUGACUGCAUGGGGCACGGGUGGCUGGCAUCCACUCUAAAUGCAGACUUUUGGUCUGGACACCGUAUUUACGUUGAUCCUGUUUCACAUUGUUCUGAUGUCACAUUGGUCCUGUUCACAUUGAGCAGUGCUUUGCAACAGCUUUUUAGAGUUUGGCCCACAUCUCUCAGUGUAUGGCAGUGUUUAAUUCCGAAGCAAUGCACAGAGCAUCAUCCCAAUAUCUGUCAUUUGGUUGUUUGACCAAUCAUAACACGUCUUUGGUACACAGGGUAUCUCCUCUGGCACACAUGCAGGGGUAUAUCAUUACUUUUUGAAAAUUGGAGAUUUGUACCGCAAUUCUGUGGAAUAGUUAUGAAAGCUUUGUCGCAAUCUCUAAACUCAAAUACAUUCACCAGGUUGUGUUCCACUUAAAAUUCUGCGAAACAUUUACAGGUACAGGCGGGAUUCACAAUAAUGAAAUAUUUGACGUCUGCUUUACAUGGCAAUAAUAGGUAAUGUUACAGUUAAACUGUCGAUGGAGUGGGCUUCUGGCUGGCACUGAACGGUGCAAAUGGUGCAUCUACAUUCAUUAAACUGGUUUCACUUGUAUAGGUUCACUGCCAAUGGCUAAGAGCUGCAUUUGCUUUAGGCAGGUAACAUGACAAACCAAAUCCCAAAUAUGCUUUGGGCAGUGUAAAUACACCUUUCAUUGUCGGGCCACUACCCUAAAUGCCUCGCAAGUAGCACACGCCGUUUGCACUUCUGACCAGCAGAAGCAUGUUUAUUCUGCGAUGCAGCUUGGUGCAAUAUAUGGGUAUAGCAGGUUAGGUUGGGCAGUAAACAGCAAAUGAAAUUGACCAUUUUAAGCACUCAAAGUAGAAAAUUUAAUUCAGAUUUUAAAUGGCUGAUUUCUAAAAUAUAGAAUGCAAAACGAGGCAAAUUCUCAUUGUUUUGCAUAACAUUCUGAGCACUUAGAGCUUUAAUGACCUUGUUCAAUAUCUCUAAAUUAUUACAGUGCACCUAUAUUUAAGAAACUAAAAGCCACUCGUAUGACAAAACAGCACAUGCCACUCCUGCUGCGUGAUUUGUUAGGGGUCCUUGGUGAUUUUUUUCUAAAUUUUUAGAUGUACCACUGAGCAUAGCAAAAUACCUUAAUUGGCAAGAUAUAUUAAAAGCCAGAAACGGUUUCCCUAGCAUUUUAAUUCAUCAAUUGAAACGCGGAAUGAGUUUGCUGCAAGGUGAAGUUGGUGUUGUAAAUGGCCUAUCGAUUACUGAAUGUUCAGGUAUGUUGCUUUGAACUCUUACGUCAAGUCGGCAGCAAUGAAUGGGCCCUUAAGUGCAUUUGACGGUAAAAAGGUGUAUUUAUUCAUUUGUUUGGUGACAUUAAAUGAUACAUUGCAGCGGUGAAUGAGCCUCCAUCCCUUUACAUAUGCAUGCCUUGCAAACCAUUCCUUGGUCAACUUGGAUAAUAUAAUUUCACAUCAAUUACAGUUACUAUUGGAGCAUAAUGUUUGGUUUAUACAUUUCUGUGUAUCACAAUCAGUGAAAAUUGUUCACAAUUCAUGCUAGGUUGUUACUAUGUUUUUUUAAAAUUGUUAAACGUAACAUUUUUUAUGCUAAAGUGAUGUACAAAAUGGUUUUAAUUCACACGUUCUAUUAUGCAUGCUUUUGUUGCACUCGUGUGUGUAAUUUUUACCAACAGACACUAAGCCAGGACAUAAUACAUGCUAAGCUUUCAGUAAAUCCACA